UUCCCCACAAAACUCUCCAGGAUCCGUCUGCUUGUCCACCUCACUGACUGCUGCCAUGGCCUUCGUUGCUCCUCCUGGCUAUCAGCCUAUCUACGGUCCUAGAAUUCCCUACCUGGGGCCCAUUUAUGGAGGCCUGAGACAAGGGGUGUCCAUCUACCUCCAGGGGUCCAUCUCUGAGGACAUUACCAGAUUCUUUAUCAACCUGCUUUGUGGAGAGUCUGAGUCCAGCGACAUCGCCCUCCACUUCAACCCACGAUUUGAUGGCUGGGACAAAGUGGUUUUCAACUCUUGUCAGAAUGGAUGCUGGGAGUCGGAGGAGAAGAUUCGUAGUAUGCCCUUCUGCAAGGGCCAGACCUUUGAAAUGGUCAUCAUGGUCACUGCUCAAGGUUACCAGAUCAAAGUCAACGGGAAUGACUUCCACACCUUCCAUCACCGGAUCCCUGUGGAAAGAGUCUGUGCAAUGCAGAUCGCCGGAGAUGUUUCCAUCCAGACGAUUAAUGUCAUAGGGGGUGGAAUGGGUGGAGGCAUGGGAGGAGGAAUGGGGCAGGGAGGAUAUCCGGGAGGCUGCACGGGAGGAGGAUACCCAGGAGGCAUGGGAGGAGGAAUGGAAGGAGGUUAUCCAGGAGGUGGCAUGGGGGGUGGAUAUCCAGGAGGCAUGGGAGGUGGCAUGGGGGGAGGAUACCCGGGGUCACACCUGCCGGGUAUGGGUGGACAGCCAGUCUACAACCCUCCUGUGCCUUACUCCAACAUGAUCCCAGGGGGGAUGUCCCCUAAGAAGACCAUCAUCAUCAGAGGCAUGGUGCCCUAUGGUGCAGACAGAAUUAGCAUCAACUUCAUGGUGGGCAGAUCUCGGGACAUCGCUUUCCACAUGAACCCCCGGGUGAGGGAGGGGAUUGUGGUGAGAAACAGCAUGAUUGGAGGUAGCUGGGGCCAGGAGGAGAGAGAGCUCAUCAUGAACCCAUUCAUUGAGGGGCAGUACUUUGAUAUGUCGAUUCGUUGCGGGAACCAGAGGUUUAAGGUGUUUGUGAAUGGGCAGCACUUGUUUGACUUCUUCCACCGCUUGCACUCCUUCAGUGAGAUUGACAUGCUGGAGAUAGAGGGCGAUGUGCAGAUCUCCUACAUCCACUUCUGAGACCACACAGACACACACACACACACCACUGCACUGAUGUUUAAAUCCUGUAUUCAACUGUUUCAUGUUUCGUGGAUGUGUCAGCCACUGUGUUGUUCAUCUCCAUGUUCAUAUAUCCCUGCUGCAUGGUCAUAAAUCUCAAUAAG